UUCAAUCAGGAAGUAGCUCGAGAGCAGCCGGUGAAAAUGUCAACGUUCAUCCUAACAUUCAUACGGCAUGGCGAGACGCAGUACAACAGAGACAAGCUUCUACAAGGUCAGGGAGUGGACAUGCCUCUGUCAGAAACAGGUGUGCAGCAGGGAGAAGCCGUGGGAAAAUACCUCAGAGACGUCAAGUUCUCCAAAGUCUUUGUUAGUAACCUGCAGCGAGCUGUGCAGACGGCAGAGCUAAUCCUGAAGAACAACACUCACUGUUCUGGAAUGGAGAUGGUUUCAGAGCCUUUACUCAGAGAACGGGGUUUUGGUGUCGCUGAAGGACGCCACAAAGAAGACCUGAAGAACAUGGCGAACGCUGCCGGUCAGUCAUGCCGUGAUUACACGCCUCCAGGAGGAGAAACUUUAGACCAGGUGAAGCUGAGAUUCAAAAAUUUUCUACAAGUCCUUUUUAAAGAAAUGCUGGAUAUGAGUGGCUCCUCAGGACAGGAAACUCCCUCAUUGGCGCUUUCUGCAGAAGACGCCGCAAUGGCCAGCUGCGAUUUCCAGGGGGCAUCGGCCCAUGUUCUGGUGGUGAGCCAUGGCGCCUACAUCCGGGUGGCCAUUAGGCACCUGGUGGAGGACUUAAAGUGCAGCCUGCCUGCUGGAGCGAAGACGUCACAGCUGUUUUCGCCUUGUCCCAACACGGGGAUCAGCCGCUUUGUUAUCACUCUGAGCCGAACCGAGUCAGGUCCGGUGCUUUCUGCCGCUCGCUGUCUAUUCACCAACAGAAAAGACCACCUGGAAAAGCUACAAGAACCGGAGUAGGAGACGAAUGACAGAGUAGGACCUCAGCAGUGGCACAGGAAACUCAAAUCAACAGUGUUUUCUUAAUAAUCAGCAUGAAAAUCACUUAGAAUCACUGUAUUAAAGUAGUUCCUUCACACAUUACAGAGGGACGUAUUUCAUUUAUAAACAGGUAAUUUAGUUACCUCUUUUAUAACUUGAUACCAAAGUAGAGCCUAUUUAUUCCGUCUUUGUGUGCAGAUAUUCUUUAUUGUGCUGUGCAAUAAAAGUUGGAGCACUGAGUUGUGAAUUAGGGUAAAACUUUCUGUAAAACAGACUUUGUGUAAAGACACUAUGAAUGGGUAUAUCUGUGAAGAUUCUCAGUCAUCCAUCACUAUAAAUGGGUGAAAGGUGUGGCUGUAAGUUUUGUUUGUUAUUGGGUAUUAAAUGAUUAGUUUUGGUGAACUGAAAAGCUUUAUAAGCUGAAAGCUUACAUUAAAACCUGACCUCAUUGUCUUGAAGACAAAAUGACUAAAUUAUUCCCGUCAUUGGGCAUAAAUUUGACUUUCAGCUCUAAGAAAAUGGUUUAAGACAUGUUUGAUUAUUUUAAGAGUUAAGCUGCUUUUUGUUCAUUGUCCUGAUUCUGUAUGACUGUCGAUGCUCAUUGUAGAAAUUCGUAUUAAGCCUUAAAUAUAUAGUGUGUUUACUGCUUAAGCAGUAUAAUCAUAAGGUAUAAGGAACAAAAAAAUCUAACUUUUAAUUUGAGUGCAUUUAUUCAGCAGGAGAAUAAAUAAACAAGAGAUUUAUUUUACACAGUAGAUGCAGCCAUACAUAAAAGCUUCAAGCGGUAAAAAGUCUUUGAUGUAGUUUAAGGAAAAAAAACAAACAACCUAAAACUUUAACCCCGAAAUAAAAAGACAUAAAAAAGUACCAG